AUGACAAAUUGGUCAGAUUAUCUUUGUUUUCCAAUACCUCCUUGGCUUCGUAUAGUAUCGAUGACGUUUACCAUUUCGAAAAUAUGGGAAUGGUUCGAUACAGCUAUUCUAAUAUCAAAAGGACAGUCUUUGAAAAAAAUUGGAUUUCUCCAUAUUUAUCAUCAUGCAACAACAUUUUUAUUAUUUCUAUGUGUGAUGAAUUUCCCUGGUGGAGAAAAAAGUGGAAUGCUAUUAAAUGGUUUUGUUCAUACACUCAUGUAUUAUCAUUUUGCUUUUCGUUUACCAAAAUUAUUACGUCCUAUAAUUACAACAUUGCAAAUUAUACAGCUUAUAACAGUUACUUAUAUUUGGCAUGUUGUACCAACUGUAUGUUCUUCAUAUAAACAUUUUCCUAAAAGAAGUUUUCUUGAAUUUCUACUUCCUUAUGCACUUGUACCUGUUUAUUCUUUGUUUUUCUUCAAAUUUUUCAUUGAACAAUAUCUUAUGCCAUCGAACAAAAAAGUUAAAGCUUCUUCACAUAAACAAGAAUAA